AUGCGCGCGAGCAUAGCGUUGGUGCUGCUGCUCGUGGCCUGCGUGCUGGAGGGCAUCCUGGCCCGCUCGUGCCAGGACGUGCCGCUCCCGGGGCUCGCGUGCGCCCCGGCAGGACACGAGUACGUCGUGGGUACAGGGGACCAGUCGGUGCGGGCCUUCAGCUCCACAGCGGGAGAUGGCGCUGCUGAGCCGAUGAACCGCUGGAGCGUCCUCCUGGACAUGCAGACGGCCACCACGGAGGCCCAGCGCUUCUGUGCGGAGGUCGGCGAGAAGGGCCUGGUGGAGGCGUGCGAAUACGUCGGCCUGACGUUCAUGACGAUGCAGGCCACGGCGUCCCAGCUGUACGCGGUCUGGGAGGAGUACCCGGGAGUUAUGGAGGCGGCGCUGGUCGAGCAGGCGCACACUGCCAUGCACAGCCGUGUGUGGAGGUUGUUUGGGGAGGAGGACGUGCGGGCGGAGGCGGGGGAGGGCGGUGGGGGAGGGACGGACGCGCGUCGCGGCCUCUCGCUGUCGGGACAGUCCUGUCAGGGCACCUCGAACGCGGCCGGCCAGGUGUUGGCGUGGAACAAGGACAGCGUGGACAACCCGACUGGCGCGCGGGACAGGUGCUACACGACCAAGUUCGACGGCACUGCAGUCGCCGGAUUCGUCGUGGACGAGCAGGUGCGGAUCGGGCACGUGGAGUUCCAGGGCAGGGCGACGGAGUUCACGACCUCUCCGUCCGUGACCGAGCGGAACGGCCAGAAUGGCCAGACGCACGGCACGCACGUCGCCGGCAUCAUGGGCGGGCGGGACUUUGGAUUUGCCACGAAGCUGGACGUGUUUGGGUGCACGGUGAGCCAGCAGUUCACGCAGAACGGCCAGACCGUCGUCGUGCUGGACUCCUCGCUGAUCAACGCCGCGCUGAUCAAGAUCGCGGCCGAGGGCCGGCGUCCGGCGGUGGUGAACCUCUCGAUCGGCGACAUCUUCUACUCGUACAGCGUCUUCUCCACCACCAUCGACCACAUCCUGCACGACCUCGGCGUGCUGGUCGUGCGCGCGUCCGGCAACGAGAGGUCGCUCGCGCAUCUCAUCCAGCCUGGGCACUCGCAGCGGGCGCUGCAAGUCGCUGCUGCGACGGAGUCCAGCUCCACCGUGGACGGCGCGUACGAGUACACGAACUUCGGCCACACCGUCGACAUCUUCGCCCCCGGUGGCGGCAGCGGCAAGGCCGUUCUCGCGGCGGGAGCAUCGUCGGACACGGCGGUGGCGCAACUCGCCGGAACUUCGAUGGCGGCGCCGGCGGUUGCCGCCGUGGCGGCGCUGUACCUGCAGCACUCGCCGAACACCAACGUCGACGCGCUGCACAGGAUCGUCGAGCUCGCGGCCAGCUCCGUCAUCACGUCCCACCGGACCCUCGGUGAGAACUCCUACUCCUACAAGACGUGGACGAACAAGUACCUGCAGACGUCGGGCAUCGAGAAGGCCAGUCUGCUGUACACAAACGUCACCGGCGUCAACGUCACCGCGGACAACUCCACGCACGCGUUCGAGCUCUACCUGCGGCAGCAGCCCAACGCAACGGUCACCGUCACGCUGUCGUCCUCCCACCCGGAGCACCUCACGGUGUCGCCCAGCACGCUGACCUUCGCGGCGGGGUCGACCGCGUCGCCGAGCAACUCGCAGACGGUGACGGUGCGCACCAGUCCGUUCGGCGCCAUCCUCCCCGUGACGUGGGUCGACGUGACGGUCUCGAGCUCCGACACCGACUUCGACGGCGCCGUCCACGCGGUCGCCUUCAUGUACCGCAACGGCACGAUCCGCGGCACCACCGCGUCCAACCCCAUGACCAUCACCGACAUGGGCAGCCCCAACAAGCCCAGCGAGAUCUGGUACGACCUGAACGAGAUCAACGCCAUUCGCACGAUGGACCACACGGGGCAGCUGGCGCUCACGAGGUGGGGCCAGAGCGCGGUCAGGAUCGACGGCAUUCCGCCUUUCGCGUGGGCGCCGUUCACCUGCGAGGGCGCCGGGGGCAGCACGAACUCCAACGCCAACGUGCAGGAGGACUUUUGGUUCAACUUCCAGAUCAGGUCGGGGUGCGCCUCGGGGUGCAAGAUGACCGUCGACACCUGCGGGUCGCACUUCGAUGCAGCCCUGCGCGUGUGGGACUUCAGCAACCUCACCAGCCCGGCGCUCGUGAAGACGUGCACGAUCUUCGGCGACGGCGACGACAUGGGCACCCAGCGCCUGGCCUGGUGGCCGGGCCUCGACCACGUGGUGACCAGUCCUGACGGGUCGCGGCAGCAGUCCUGGGCGGACGUCACCUGCGCGCGGCAGGACGCGUUCACCGAGGUGACCGUCGUCGACGGCAAGCGCUACAGCAUCCAGGUCGGGAAGUUCUGGCACGGCUCAGGCAGCUUAUCGUCGAGCUCGUACCAGGCCACGCGUUUGCUGGCGCUGCACACGCAGCUCGACCGGACAGGGGUUGUGUUUGAGACGGACGAGCAGGUGCUGGUCGGACACGACGGGUCGUUCAACGUCUCCGUGCCGUUCGUCGCGGCUUCCGCGACGCCGCCGCCGACGUCGGGACCUGCGACCACAGCCCCGCCCAGCGGCGGCGCCGCGGCCACCACUCCUGCACCUGCCCAGGGCGGUGCGACGACGGCAGCCCCCGCACAGACGCAGGCGCCGGCGGCGACUCAAGCGCCGGGCUCGGGUGGUAAUCCGAGCCCGACCAACCCGCCGGCGACGACGCCGCGCCCGACCCCGGCGCCGCAACCAGCCCAGGUGGCGGUGUCGUUCCGGAGCACCUUCACGACGGCCAGCGCUGACGGCUCGCUGACCGCCGGCGAGCGAGAGCUGAUCGUCCAGGGCUUGAUGCAGGCGAUGGGGCUGCCGCUGACGACCCAGCACAGCACGACGUUCAUCAACGUCGGCGGCAGGCGGCGAAUGCUUCAGGGCACGGGCACGUACUCCGUGUCCAGCACCAUGACGGUGAGCAGCGCAACGACGGCAAACAGCGCCGCGGCGAGCUUCAACGCCGCGGCUUCGGGAGGGGGGCUCGCGCUGGCGAUCAGCAACGCUGGCGUCACGGCAACGAGUAUAAGCGGGGCAAGCUCCUCCGUGACGUUGGUGUCACAGAACAGUGCUACUCCUAGUUCUGCAUUUGCCGCCUUGCUGAAUUCGUGGUUCGUGCUCGUCGCUGGGCUGGCCGCGUCGCUAAUCGCGACCAUGUGA